AGUUGUUAAUGUUAUUAUCUGUCAGUUGUUUUCGAUUGGUCAAGUCGUCAUUGAAUGCAGUGGUACUUGAGUACGACGAAUAUCAUCCUUUUGUCGUGAACUAGAACAUUCGUAAUAUUUUUUUAUUGAUUUCUAAUAUGUAGUUACCGAAAUUUAUCCUAUAGAAACGUAACACUCCAAAUAUCGACUACGUAGAUUUUAACUUUAAUAACUUAACGCUAAGGCCAAAACUUUACCGAUAAAAAAUAAAACAUUGGCCUCCGGAGCUGUGAUGGAAACUAACUUUAACAAAACAAGCAGACGGAAAAAGUCUACGGUGGAAGGUUACAAAUGAUAUAAGUAAUUAGCGUAAGACAGUUAUUUCAGAAAAUUUGUUAAUUAAUCACGAUUGUGUUGAUCACUGAUCGACGGAUUUUAUGUGCGCGUGACGGUGACAUGAGCACAAAUAACAAGAGGCGCGGAGCUAGCGGUUCCAGUUGUGCUGUCCCUGGGGUGCCCGCGCUUGUCAACGUACCGACCGCGAUGUCUGCAGAUUUAGCCUCGCUUUUUGAAUGCCCGGUGUGUUUUGACUAUGUCUUACCGCCUAUCUUGCAAUGCCAGAGCGGGCACCUCGUGUGCUCGAGUUGUCGACCCAAACUGUCUUGCUGCCCGACAUGCCGUGGCCCUCUGGGCAACAUACGCAAUCUCGCGAUGGAGAAGGUUGCUAGUAAUGUGAUGUUUCCUUGUAAACAUUCCAACACAGGUUGCACAGUAACAUUGGUACACACAGAAAAGGCGGAUCAUGAAGAAGCUUGUGAAUUUAGACCCUAUUCCUGUCCAUGUCCGGGAGCAUCAUGUAAAUGGCAAGGCGGCCUAGAUCAAGUCAUGCCACAUCUUAUGAUGUCUCAUAAAAGUAUAACAACAUUACAGGGUGAAGAUAUAGUGUUCUUGGCAACUGAUAUCAACUUGCCUGGAGCAGUGGAUUGGGUCAUGAUGCAGUCUUGUUUUAACCACCACUUUAUGUUAGUACUUGAAAAACAGGAGAAGUUUGAUGGUCAUCAACAGUUCUUUGCCAUCGUGCAACUUAUAGGUUCUCGUAAGGAAGCAGAAAACUUUGCAUAUAGACUAGAACUCAAUGGCCAUAGGCGAAGACUCACAUGGGAAGCAAUGCCUCGCUCUAUACACGAAGGAGUUUCAUCUGCCAUUAUGAACUCAGACUGCCUUGUAUUUGACACGUCCCUUGCACAAUUGUUUGCAGAUAAUGGAAACCUCGGGAUCAAUGUCACAAUAUCCAUUGCAUAAUAAAACAUUGCCAUGUACUAAUAUUACUUGUAACACUCACCUUUUUAUUCGAGUGUUAAGUUUAAUUUAAUUAAUUUUCAUGCCAAUGAAAAGAUACCAGAACUAAAACAAAACUAUAGAUAGAAUGUAUUAUAAUGAUAGCAAUAAUGUACAAGUGAAAUAAAUAUUUUUGUGAAAACCACAAAAAAAUGGUUACUGAUGUGUUUUGUAUCAAAUUGUUUAAUCAUAUAAAUUAUAAUCAAUGUAAAAAUGAGCCAAAAAUAUUAUUUUUUUCAUUUUUAUUUUUGUAAAUGUGUGUUCAACUUUAGAGUUAAGUAGCGUAAAAGCAAUCCUUGAGUGAUAACUUACUAAAGUAUCUAACACAAAUGAACAUCAGAACAACAAGGAUUUUAUCCUGAGAAGGAUUUAAAAGUCUAAGAAGGAUAUUGCUAUAAAGUUUUGCUUACUUGUAUAGCAUUUAAAUGAAUUUGAUCAAUAAUUUGGAUUUGAUAAUUUUAGAUCUAUUUAUUUGCAUAGGGUGCUGGCUUCCCAUGCCAAAUUUUGGCUCCUGUUUGGUAGUCCAUAUAAUGAAAGGAUUUUAACAUCAUAAAACUGUUUUAUUUUAUUCCAAACAAAGAACAAAUAAUUUGUACGAAAAUAUAAUAUCUGUAUAUAUGAAUGAAGAUUGAAAGAAAGCUAUUUAAUUUUUAUUUUUUUUGAGUUGAACAAGUGCUGGAAUCAAAGGUCACUUAUUAAUGGACACUGAUACAAGGGAUAGACAACUGAGAUGUGAUGUGAUUCACACCAAUGUUAUAAUUGUAUUUAAGUAAAAUUAUUCAAUAUAUUUUUGUAACUUCUAACAGAAAUGUGAUCAUUGUGUAUCUAAUUUGAUGCAAUUUAUAGAACUAUAAUAAUAUUAAUUUCUUUAUUGAAAAUUUAAAUUGAAUAACUUGUGAGUAAUAACCAAAUAUUAAUUCAAAAUUAGAAUGUGUACUUGAAUCCACUCUGACAUUACCAAAUUUCGAAUGUUUAAUUAUUGUUUUUUUAAUGCAUGCUCGCAACAAAGUGCACAUUUACAUACUUUUUAUUAAAUUUCUUAAUACUAACCAAUGUUUUUGUUUAGCUGUCUCUUGGUUAAACAUAUUAUUAGUUUUUAUUUUAAUAUUGUUUUAUUAUUUAUGCAAAAUUCAUGUUACUUAAUUGUAGAAAUAUUUACUCUCAAGUAAAGUUAUGUCACUUUAAAUAUAGUGGCAUUCAAUUUCAUUAGAAUACUUCUUUAUGAUUUAAACUUUUUUACAUUAGAUAAAGCCUUAUGAAAGACUCUGGUUGAAUUAAAAAUUUUGUAAUGUACAUACUGUAGUUUUUAUUUCA